GCAUCUGCGUCUCCUAACAUCAAAAGGAUGCCUUUUCUCGCACAACGCUCAUUCUCAUCAUACUGAAGAACUGCCACACUCCUUGCACCUCAACAAGAUGUCGCCCUCCCCGUCACAAGAAUGGAGCGAGCCGGGUCCAUCGCGGCCUCCCGCUCUGACUACGCCUCGCCUUCGCCUUCGACCCCGUCGCCCACGCCCGCCUCCAGCAGUGGAUAGCGAAUGGUCCACCUCCCGUCGCUACGCCAUCCUCGUAGAUGCGGGCUCUUCAGGCUCCCGUCUGCAAGUCUACUCCUGGAAGGAGCCAUCCGUCACUCGCGAAGAGCGACUUCGCAAGGGAAAGAAGAUGAAAGUGCUCCCCAAGGUGGAAAAAGGGACACAAGAGGGGAGCGGGAGAGAGUGGCAAUGGAAGGUUGAGCCGGGCAUCUCAUCCUUCGCCGGCCAUACGGCUGAUCUCGGUCGCUACUUGGAGCCCCUCUUCGCCCACGCAUUGGAAGUUGUUCCGCCCCACCUUGUCGCCUCGACUCCAGUCUACGUAAUGGCCACAGCGGGAAUGCGUUUUCUCUCUUCCUCGGACCAAUCUGCCAUCAUCGCUGCAACAUGCGACUUCUUGACUUCUCGGACCCCGUUCAAUCUACAGGGGAGCUGCAGCGAUCAUGUCCAAGUCAUUUCGGGACACGAGGAGGGCUUGCUGGGGUGGAUCGCUAUCAAUUACCUGAUGGAUGGCUUUCACUUCAAGCCGGACGAGGAUGCAAAAUCUAUCGAUGUCGCGGGAGGGCUGCAGCCUUCCAAAGGCCGCUCGACGUACGGAUUUUUGGACAUGGGUGGGGCGAGCACGCAGAUUGCCUUCGAGCCCAGUAGAAAGGCGCUCUCUGCCGCUGAGAAGACGAGUGAUAGUGCGACGGACACGAUGCCUGGGACUGCAGAGGAAGAGCUCACUCAGGUCAAAUUGAAGCUCCUCGACGGCACAGAUGUCACGCACGACGUCUUUGUCACUACCUUCCUCGGCUUCGGCACCAACAAAGCGCGCGAACGCUACGAGGAGGCUCUCAUCCGCAACUCUACUGGUGUAUCCUUGCAAGAUCCCUGUCUACCAACCGGUGCCAUCACUAGCUCAUCCUCCCACACCCUCACAGGCACAGGCUCCUUCACCUCUUGCCUACACUCCCUCUCUCCCCUUCUAGACAAAAGCGCACCAUGCGCCCAACCUCCAUGCCUCUUCCACGGCAUCCACGUCCCCCCCAUCGAUUUCAGCCUCAACCACUUCAUUGGCGUAUCUGAAUACUGGUUCUCGAGCCACGACGUCUUCCAGCUAGGGGGGGCUUACGACUACGUACAAUUCCAACGCGCGGCAGAGAAAUUUUGUAGUAGACCUUGGAGCGAGCUAGACGCUGGCUUGAAGAAUGGUGGCUUCAGCCAGCAGGUGGACGAAGGCAGAUUGAAGAUGCAAUGUUUCAAAGCGGCUUGGAUGGUUACGGUGUUGCACGACGGGAUAGGCUUGCCACGUGUUAUCGACAGUAAGGGAAAGGGAGAUGGGAAGCAUCAUGCUGACCAGGUGGCGGACAAGGCCGGGCAGAAGAAUCUUGACGACGAAGGCGGGGUCUUCCAGAGUGUCAAUGAGGUGGACGGAACAAGUGUCAGCUGGACGUUGGGCAAGGCCGUGCUUGAAGCUACGAAGGAUAUCGAGAGUGUCAAGACGAUCGACGGUGCCACGCCGCCAAAGUCAGGACGCCCGCUGCCGCCUUGGUACGCGCCUGGCGGGGCAAUCGGAUCCCAUCUGCCCUCCAGCCUCAAGACGGAUCGGGCCUCAGGCGGCGCAGCGUUCGCCUUCUUCCUUGUAGCACUGCUAUUACUCGGUCUUCUCUUGGCUUGUACUCGCGGCCAUUCGCCUGCGACUGCCAGAAGGCGGAAGGCUUUGCGCUCUGCCCUUUGCUGUGGUGGCCUUUUCGGCAAGGGAGGUCGCGGCGGCCGCUCGGGUGCUGGGGAGUACAGUCUAGCCAACAUGGAGGAAGGAGCGGACGACGCGGCGAACGGCGUGGGCACGUCAAAUUCGGAGGAAGGCACGUCGAGCAGUGAGGAAGACGCCCUCUUCAUCGGUGAGCGAGGCGAAGCGAGGCGGAAGCGUCGAUCGUCUCCUACCAGCCGCAGCAUCACCUCCUGGCUACCAGUGACGGCACGUCGUUGGGUGUUGAAGGCCACAUCUUUCCUACCCGGUGGGAGUCGCAGCACAUCGAAGUCCUCGGCACGUCGCGCGCGUCGCGACAGAAACAAGCGACGCACCUCUAUGCUCGCCUCCCAGGCCAACGCCAAUGAGCUACACGCAGCCAACGGCGGCGCUGGAGAAGACUUCACCCCUCAACUUUCAGCAACAAGCAGCGUAGACGACCUUGUACGGCUUGCGCACAUCCGCCGUGCCGUCUCGCCCGCCCUGAUGCGGGAGUCAAGGAGCUCUUCCCCCUCUCUUGCGACGAUGCCGUCCAGUAUCGUGCUGAACGCUGCUGCUGGGCAAGGGGCGGCGAUCAGCAGACCGGCGAGCAGAGCUGCUUCGGGACGACAUACGCCCGUGGCCGCCGGAAGUGGCUACGCUUCUCCUCCAAAUGCGGGAUUGGGCCGCUCUAACAGUCCUGCCUACUUCCAACACAAUGCCCCCGCUGUUGCCUGGACCAGUGGGGCCAGCACGCCCAUCGCGUCCGCCCUGAACGGGCCACUCAGUCCUGUUGGCAAUGGCCUGCUCCAGCCGUCUGGGCCCCCGAACAGUUUUGCAAGCUUUUCAGCGGCGAUGCGGGAGAAUCGAGAUCGAUGGGAGAAGAGGGCUGCUGAGAAGCAGGCAGAGCAGCAGCAGCAUAGGAGAGGCGGGAGUGAAUGAGCUGAGAUGGGUAUUUUGUGUACAUAUAAGGACGGGGCGCCUCGCUUGCAAAUGUUCAUUGGAGUGAUACCCACGC